UAAAGAAGAAAAAACAUGGCGGACAGCCACUAGCUCAAUCCACAUAAAACAAUACACAAACAUUUCAAAGCAAGGUAAACAGACUAAUAUAUUGUUUACACGCUAUACUCUUUUUAACAAACACAUUUUUUAGCUGGUAAUUUAGCUAGCAUUUAUUGAUGAUGAUGUAUCUAUAAUCAGGCCAACGAUAGAUGGCGAACAUUAAGUCUUCCCGUUAGCGUGCUGUGUUGACGGAGCUAGCUAUCUGUUCGAGCAUGCCCAUGUUAUUAGCUUGGAGAGCUGCUGUGUCAACAGUGAGCCCUGAGUGUGUUUGGGUGGGUGACCGAGGUCUGCUGACAGCUGGGGCCACCUCUUUGUUGUACCCUGUCGUCUGCCUCCAACGCCAACCCCCUGCCUGGCCUACAGAAGUGGAGAGCGUUAAGCGCAAUCCGUGGGGAAGUCAACCUGAGCAUCCACAAAUGAAAGAGUGGACUAUUGUGUCUUGAACUUAGUAUUACUGGAGCAUGAAGAAACCAGUGCCACAAAAAGCUAUUGAGUGGAGAGAUGGCAGGCGGAUCAAGCAUGCCCGAAGUGGCCGUCCCUCCCGGGUCCCAUCGCAGUACCAAGGAGGGCACUUCAGUUGGGACAAAUACCUAAAGGAAACAGGUGCUAGUGCUGCACCUGCCCACUGCUUCAGACAGGGUGCAACACCUCCAGUGAAUGAGUUCAAGGCGGGCAUGAAGCUGGAGGCGCAGGACCCUCGGAAUACAACGUCAACCUGCAUUGCAACAGUGGUGGGCCUGACGGGAUCGCGGCUGCGUCUGCGCCUUGACGGCUCCGACAACAAGAACGACUUCUGGCGCCUGGUGGACUCGUCUGAAAUCCAGCCUAUCGGCAACUGCGAGAAGAGCACGGGCAUGCUGCAGCCGCCAUUGGGCUUCCGUCUGAACGCAUCCUCCUGGCCCAUGUUCCUUCUAAAAACACUCAACGGAGCCGAAAUGGCCCCAGCACGCAUCUUUCACAAGGAGCCCCCGGUCCCAGAGCAGAACUCCUUCCAGGUGGGCAUGAAGCUGGAGGCAGUGGACCGCAAGAACCCCCACUUCAUCUGCCCGGCCACGGUGGGGGCGCUGCGUGGCGUGGAGGUGCUCGUCACCUUCGACGGCUGGCGGGGUGCUUUCGACUACUACUGCCGCUACGACUCCCGGGACAUCUUCCCCGUGGGCUGGUGCUCUCUCACCGGGGACAACCUGCAGCCGCCUGGCACCAAAGUGUGUGUCUACCUGAACAAGUAUGGGAAGGUGGGACCCCACUUGGACGGGCGGCGGGUGCAGCAGCUUCCCGACCACGUUGGUCCAGGCCGGGCUUCCUCGGUGCUACAGCAGUGUGUCCAGGCUUGUGUGGACUGUGCCCACAACCAGAGCUCUGUCUUCUCCUGCCUCAAGCCAGGUCACGGAGGAGAGGUCAUAUCAGCCCACUUCGACCACCAGCACCAUACCCUCACCCUGCCCACGGUCAACAGCGUCACGCACGUCCUGCACUUCCUGGAGAAACUCUGUCACAACCUCUACUGUGACCCUCUGUUUGGGAGCCAGCCCAUCCCUAGAGGGGGCCUGCAUUACGACAGCCAUGCCUACCCAGAAAGGAGAAGUUUUAGGGAGGGCCUCACGACGGGUCCAGGAAGAGCCUCCAAGCGGUUCCUUCAAGAAUCCUACUACAGCCCCCUCCCCCACAAGUUGGCCAAAAACCUCUGCCUAUCCUCGGAAGGUGAGCCUUUCCUCAUGGAGAAUGGUGUAGGGGGGUCGGAGCACUUAAAGAAGAGCCCCCUGUCCCCGGGCUCGACAGGGCAUCCUCUGAGCCUGCGGUUCCCCACCAAGUUGCUACAUCUCAACUCUUCAGGCUCUGAGCAUUUCAGAGAGUGCCCCCGGCCCAGUGGCCAGGACCCCAACCUGUGGACGGUAGAGGACGUCAUGCAGUUCAUCAGACACAUAGACCCUCUACUGGCCCCCCACGCAGAUCUCUUCAGAAAACACGAGAUUGAUGGCAAAGCCCUCCUGUUACUACGCAGCGACAUGAUGAUGAAAUACAUGGGCUUGAAGCUCGGGCCUGCCCUCAAACUCACAUUCCACAUCGACAGGUUCAAACAUGGACGCCCUUAUUGAGCUCAUCAGCGUCCCUGCAACCCUGCUACUUCUACUCCCCUCCCCUCUACAGGAUAUAAUGCGCUGCAUACUACUGGAAUGACCUAGGCUACGAUACUUAGUGUCAUAUAUCACCCUCCCUUUCCCUGCCGCAUCUAAGAAGCCCUGUUGCGAACUUCUCUUAUUUAGAUUUUAUUUCUGUUGUGUGGCACAAUCCAGCUCUACGGCAGCAUGGGAUAUUGGAUAUGCAGACUGACUGACU